AUAUAAGUACAUCCUGGAUGUUCUCUUCUCAUGGCAUAAGUACAUCCUGGAUCGACCAGGCUAGAUUUCUAUCACGUGAAAGCAAAUCGGACGACAAACCAAGAGGGGUUAUUACGAUCGACGGUCGGCUGUGCGUCAGUGCGUACAAAGAUUUGCAGGGUGGCGCAGUUGCCAGUGCCCCUGGUGACGGUCACCAGGAGCAUUAAUUGCCAUUUGGCAGGCAGCAUUGCAUGAGCAGAUCAAUCACUGCUUCUUUCAAGCACAACGGACUUCGCCACUGCCAAAAGGUGGUGGAGGACUGCUUAUUAGUGCACGAAUCGUGCUGAAACCUUCCACCACUCGUUCCACCAUCAGCAUUUCUAGUCAAUCAUGAGGACUCAAGCGAUGAGAGCCGCCUGGCGCUCUGCGCUAACAAGGAUGGGCCGUCCGAAUGCAGGCAGAAGCGUUGCAUGUGGUGCGCUCAGCCAGGGCCCCGCAGUAAGGGCAGUGGUGCAUCAAGCAUGCAAUGGCUCACAAGGAGCGCGCCGGGGGAACUGGUUGGCGGCAACAGCAGCAGUUGCAGCUUUUGUGGGCAGUGGUACAGUGAGCGCAGAGGAGGCUGAAAGGACCUUCAUUGCAAUCAAGCCUGAUGGAGUGCAGAGGGGACUGAUCGCUGACAUCAUCGCCCGCUUUGAGAGGAAAGGCUACAAGCUGGUGGCAGUCAAGAUCCUCGUCCCCACAAAGGAGUUUGCUGGAAAGCACUACGCAGAGCAUGAGGGGCGCCCCUUCUUCGAGGGCCUUACCGAUUUCCUCAGCUCGGGGCCGGUCCUUGCAAUGGUGUGGGAGGGACAGGGCGUUGUCACUUACGGGAGGAAAAUGAUUGGAGCGACGAAACCGCUGGAAUCGGCGCCAGGAACCAUCAGGGGAGACUUUGGCAUCCAGGUUGGCAGGAACAUCAUCCAUGGGAGCGACUCGCCAGACAGUGCCAAGAAGGAGAUUGGGCUGUGGUUCACGCCCGAAGACCUUGUAUCUUACGGAUUGGACAUCCACAAGUGGGUGUACGAGAAGUAGCUUAAAAACCCUCGUCAGGUCACAAGUCGACACAGUCAUGAUAGUGGUGCAACUGCCUUCAAUUAGAGCGCGUUUGCGAUGUUUCGUUUUGAUUCGUUUCAAGAGACGCGACUGCCAAGUGCCGAACGAGUUUUCAGAGACAAACCAGCAGUCGCUGGAUGUAGACAACUAGAUUCCCGGUUUUGUUAAACAGGUCGACGGGAAGCUUGCAAGGUCAAACGUAAUAAGCUAUGUGGCAACGUCGUACAAAGCAUCAACAUGGCAGGACUGCAAAUGUAUCUUGUUCAAUGCUGCCCGUCAGAUGCAUCCAUCAUCGCCGCAG